CUGAGUUUUGACAGUCAGCCUCGGGCUGCGGCGGGGGCGCGGCAGCGGCGGCGGCGGGCGAAGUGGCUCCGAGGGGAGGCGGGGGCGAGCCGGGGCCGAGCCGGGCGCGCGGGGGCUCCGAUUUGAAGACCUUUCUUCUCAUCACCUGCUGGAUUAUGCCCAAGGCUUUCCCACCCAAUGAUCCUCCUGCAGCACACUGUGCUUCUUCCACCUAAGCAGCCCGCAUCCUCUCCUCCUAUGUCAGUGGCCACCAGGCCUGCAGGAACCUUGCAGCUUCCACCACAGAAGCCAUCUGGGCAGGAGGCUUCCUUGCCUCUUGCAGGGGAAGAAGAGUUCUCUAAGGGAGGGGAGCAAGACUGUGCCCUGGAGGAGCUAUGUAAGCCCCUGUACUGCAGACUCUGCAAUGUCACCUUGAACUCUGCACAGCAAGCCCAGGCUCAUUAUCAGGGUAAAAAUCAUGGUAAGAAACUCCGAAAUUACUAUGCAGCAAACAGCUGUCCUCCUCCUGCUAGAAUGAGCAAUAUGGUGGAGCCUGCAGCUGCCCCUGUUCCAGCUCCUCCGCAGAUGGGCUCCUUUAAGCCAGGAGGCCGAGUGAUCCUGGCCACAGAGAAUGAUUACUGUAAGCUCUGCGAUGCGUCCUUCAGUUCUCCGGCUGUGGCUCAGGCCCACUAUCAAGGGAAGAAUCAUGCCAAGAGGCUGCGGUUGGCGGAAGCUCAGAGUAAUUCAUUCUCGGAAUCCUCAGAGCUGGGUCAACGGCGGGCCAGAAAAGAAGGGAAUGAGUUUAAGGUGAUGCCUAACAGGAGAAAUAUGUAUACAGUGCAGAAUAAUUCAGCAGGUCCUUACUUCAAUCCCCGCUCUCGGCAGAGAAUUCCACGUGAUCUGGCCAUGUGUGUUACUCCAAGUGGCCAGUUUUACUGCUCAAUGUGUAAUGUUGGGGCUGGCGAAGAGAUUGAAUUCCGGCAGCAUUUAGAGAGCAAGCAACAUAAGAGCAAGGUGUCUGAACAGCGGUACAGGAGUGAGAUGGAGAAUCUGGGAUAUGUGUAGUGAUUCUCAUGCUACGAUAGAGCGGCUUAUCCUGCCUGUUGUUUGCCUUUUGUCAACUUGCCCUGCUUUGUGGUCCUUUUGAUAUGAGUGCAUUCUUCUGCUUAACGUUAAUACAUGUAACCCACAGUGGUACCAUGAGAUGUCAAAACCUGGGGGCCCAGGGGCGGGGCGGGGAGGCAGGUGUGGAGAAUGUACUUCUUAGGUCAUAACGCUUUUGCAGGGUCUGUUGUGUUGAGCUGCUCAGCACGUGACCUACCUACCCCAGCAGAAAUAACUUUUUAUCUUGCCCAAGUUCUGGUCAACUUUGUUUAAAAGUAUCAUUUUCUUUUGCAAUUUUAGUUUUAUGUGCUGUUAAAGAAUUGUAUUGAAUUCUUUUUAGAUCAAAGCAAAAAUAGGUCAGCAGAGAUUUCAGUUUCCCAGAGUUUAACCAGAACCACCACCUCAUUGCAUUGUCAGUAGGAUACGUUGUUAGAAACUGUUAAGGUCUUUCCUGGGACAUUUUUUUCCUGCAAUUUUCUUUUGCAGUUUUAGUUUUAUGCACUGUUAAGGAAUUGCAUUGACUUCUUUUUAGAUCACAGUAAAAAUAGGAUGGCAGAGAUUUCAGUUUCCUGGGGAGUAACCAAGAACCACCACCUCAAAGCCUUGUCAGUAGGACAUAUUGUUAGAAACUGUUAGGGUCUUUCCCGGGACAUGUUUUUUUCUAUAUCAGUUCUCCCUGUCAUUGAAACGUAAGUUUUCUUGAAUUCAAAUACUCCCAAUGAGCUUGUGUACUCCAAACAGCUAAACUUGAUUUCCAGUUGGGGAUUUCCACACAUUUAAUUACUGCCUUCUUCCUGCCUCUCUUUUCCCGACCCUUGCCCCUCCUAGUUGAAUCAGCUUGUCGAACAAGCUCAUUUUCAUGCCCCAGCUGUGCUGUGGGUUUUCCAAGCCUCAUAUUUGAAUAUUUCUUGAGUUUAAGGUGGAUAUGAUUUUUAAAAAUUUAGUUUCCAGCAGAGUUAAGGAAACAAAGAUAUGUUUGAUUUUUCAAUUUAGAGUUACUUCUUCAUGGAUAGUAACAUGCACUUAUAUCAUGAUUUAAACCAUCAAUUUGGAUUGCUUGACAUUUUGUUUUGCCAGACUUUUUUGAUAGUUUGAUUAUUACACUUUACUUACAUUUUCCUCUGUCUUGCCAGUCUGUUGGCCGUCCUGAAAAAUGUCACUACCUGCUGUUUUAUACACGGAGAGGAACUUUUUAAAAAGCAAAUAAAGUGUCACUAUGUUUGUUUCCAGUAGAAAAAUACAUGAACUAUGGUUUUAUUCUUUGUAAUUCGCCUUUCUUGAAGAUAAUGAAAAGUAUACAAUAGAUCAUUUUGGCAUCUGAUAAUUAUAUCAAUAUUGUUAUUUUUGUUUUUUGCUUUUAAAAUAAGAAGUUGUAAUGUAUAUCUAGAUUAAUGGAGUGCUCUGUGAAUGUUUAUUAACUAUAUCUUAUCUAUUUACUGUAUUUUACAUGCAUAAGACCAGUGGCCAUCCAUAUUACUUUUGAAAGGCCACUUGAUUUGGAAGUUUAUAUUUUAAGCAGUAUCUUUGAACAAUGCUCAAUUCGCAUUUGAUUGCUUAUAUUACUAAUUAGAGAUAAAACUUCCAUCUUUUCUUGAGAAUCCUGUAGGCAAAUAGAUUCAGGAAGGCAAAUUACAAUCAUUCUUUUUCUGUAAUAUUUUGGGACAACUUUUAAACAACUCAGACGCAUGUUUAAAAUUGAGUUUUCUGUGACUAACCCCUUCUAUACUAUCCAGUUACUGUCUUCCGUUGAAGUGGUGGUUCUUUGAAGAGUAGCAUUAUUUUGUAACAUUUUUUCUCCCAGAAACAGAAGAAUCAAGUAUUAUUCUCUUAGGAUUCUAUCUUGACCUGUGACUCUUAAUAUAAUAACUACCCCACCCCCCCUUUUUUGCAGUAAUCUAUAAAGUAGAGUUGCUUAGUUUUGAGCAAUUUAGGGCUUUUCUUAUUGGCCAGUAGGUUACUCAUUUUGCUGCUAAGUAUAAUUUUUUUGGUCAAUUUUAAUAUUAUAGUGCUGGCCACUUGGUUCUAUGAUUACCUAAAAAUCUAGGCUUUUUUCCCUCUGUAGGUAUGUAUGUGUAUGCAUACCCCCAUACACAUGAUACCAUAGAGAGGUAUGUCAACCCUUAUUUCAAAUAACAGUAGAAGAUACACAUAUGAAUUUAUGUUUUAUAAAAAUGGCAUUCAUCCACUUUGUUUUCCUUUGGAAAUAGUUUUAAAAGAAAGAUUCCCCUUGCUCUCUCCACUUAACGUUUCAUUAUAUACGUAGAACAAGCAGUGGACUUAAGGGCUUGAUGUUGUUCAGGCCUUGUGUAUUCAGGUUUCCAGUUUCCCAGUGCCCUUAAUGGAUGUUAUGAAUGCAUAAGCGCAUUUUCUUUUAAAGAAAGAAGUUAGAUUUAUAGUAUUAUUUCUUACUUGCUGUAUUUCUUUGCACUAAAAAAGAGCUAUGUGUUUGUUUUAUAUGACACUUUAGUACCGUAUUGCCUACAGUAACUCAGUUUGCUCCUUAAUUUUCAAACUCUGGGAAGUUGAUGAGUAACUUCCAUGAUCACUUGUAAAAGUUACAUGCACAUCUAAAAAACAAUCACAAAUUAUGACAGUAGGUUGUGUUUUGGGCUUGUUACCUUGCAAUAUUCUCUGUUCCAUAGGUGAAAACAAAGGGUGACAGAGUUUAUCAGGCAAGAAAUUCCUAAAUGGAUACAUCUGUGCAUGGAGCAGUUUCUCAUGUCCAUCUAUCUGUAGACAGUGUUUUUUCUGUCUAAGCAGACUGUUUCUCCUGAGUCCGUGAUACGUGAUCUUCGUUGUGUCACUUUGUGAUGUUCAGUCCUGCUCUGUAGCAUACUUUAGGAUUUGCAUCUUGUACUCCCCAGGAAUUAUGUUAGUGUCUUUUUCUAUGUGGUCUUCAAGGAUGGACAGAGGCCUAAACAACAACAAAAAAAUCAGUAAAAAGAAAAAAAACCUUGGAUUUCAGUAAUCAUCCAUAGGAACUCAUAGCAUCAGUCUCUUUUCUCUGUUGAUAAUGUCUUUAUGUAAGUUGUCAAUAAAAAAAUCAAUGUUAGAAGAUGACAAUUAGAAUUCUUCUUAGGUUUCGAGGGUAAGAAGUUGUAAAGAAAGAAAAUUAGUGUUUCAAUUAAAAUAUUGGAUUGCAUAUAUCUUGGAAGUGGUUUGGUUAAAAAAAAAAAAAAAGUUCAGUUACCAAACUGAGUGUGCCCUGUAAUCCUUCUGGGCCCCCUGAAGAUACUUUGAAAAUCUUUUGUUGGUCAUGACUUUGCACAUCAUGUCCUGCAGCUUGUAAAUACGUGCAUGUGGUUUAUGUUUGUCUGCCUGUUUCUUGCUACACUGCAUUCUGCAAGGUGAGUAAUUUUUAAAAAUACCAUUUAUUUUGAAAAAGUUUCUCCUCCAACUCUUCCUCACGAUUCCCCUUUUAAUUAGUUGGUAAACUUAGAAAACCAUUAGGAUUUUUGAAGCCCUGAGUUUAAAAGAAGAAUCAUGGCUAUUUGACACCAUCCUUACGUCCCGCUGACUUUAAAAGCUAACAAGAAGCAUGAGAUCUUCCACCUCAUUUUAGAAAGCUCUUCUACAGAACUAUAUGCUUGCUUAUAGUUACCUACCUACAGUUUGAACAGCAAGAAAGGGAGACAUGUGUGGCUGGUUACAUCUUCCUUAACUCCUAAAUUGGCUGGGACGCAAGCAACAGCAGUAUGAGGUCCAGUGACUUAGGUAAAAUGAGCCUGAAGAACUUGGUGAGGUGUGGACCAGGACAAUAGAGCUGCUUUAGAAAUAAACUGAGACUUGUUUUGUCAGGAUAGAUAAAAGUUUCAUGCAGGUUUUUGAACAGAUGUUUUAAAAAAAUUUGACCUUACCAACUAUUUUUUUCUUCUAGCCAAAUCAUAGUACAGGAGUUUCAUAUGUAAUAAAAAGUGUUUUGUUACUGUUUUUGCUCUCUUGGCAGGGGAGAACCCCUACCAUUGUGAGCUGUUACUGUCAGUCUAGCUGAAUGGACAAAUAGCUGUGUAAAUAGCUUCUCAUAAAACAUUUCUUCUGAUAGCUGUUUGACUUUUUCUCCCAGUUAUGAAUGGGAGGAACAUUUGUAAACUUCCUUUCUGGGUAGCUACCAAAAAACGUACUGGCUUAUGGUCCCAUGUGACCCUGUCUCCAUUAAGCCCAGAAUCUGAGUGCCUUUAGCAAGUGUGAGCAUUUCACAGAGAGAAGAGAUGACAGAAUUAUUGCUGUUAAUCACCAUUCAUAAAUAGGAACUUGGACCAACAAUGGUCUGUGUGAAUUCUGUUCUACAUCUUUUUUUUCCCUUUCUUAAUGCAUUCUCAAUUUGAUACCAAGUAAAACUUGUCGUUAUUGAUCAGGAACCAUACAUCCUGAAAAUGAAUUCAGUUGUCCCAAGCUGGCAGCAGUCAUAGGUCAUUUUUCACGUUGAUUUGUGUUGUAUUUGUACUUAGUAAAUGGCAGCCUGUUCAACUGGAAGAGCGUGACACAGAUGUUUGGAAAAAUUCUUUAUUCUAGUGGUCAUUUUCAAACUUGUCUUUCCUGUGGAGAGGGGAAAUAUGUAUUUGCAACUAAAGUAUUUGAAGAGACUGGCACAAUAAUUACAUUAGUUCAUUUCUAUAUUAAAGGAAGCAUCUUCACAAAUCAGGUUUUAGGACAUUAAAAGCAAAAUUUUCCCUUGUUUAAUGAAUUUAAAAUUCUAAAUUGCCUGAGUACUUAGAAUCUUUGAAACACACUGUUAGACUAAUUUUAUUAUAGAAAUGCUAACAUGUUCCUCAACAUUUUCGCAAGAAAUUUUCAGACAUACAUCAAAGUUGAAAAAACUUUACACUAUAAGCACUGCUAGAUUCUGCCAUUAACAUUUGGCUAUGCUUGUAUUGCCACGUACCUGUUUAUUUCUCCAUCCCUCUUUUCAUCCAUUGAUCCAUCAGGUUUUUUUUUUUUUUAAACAUUCCAAAGUAAAUUUUAGGCAGCACACUGCCCUAAAUUCUUAGCAUGGGUGUCGUUAAAGUUUGCUAUUCGUUUGAAUAUCUUUUUUGAAAGUGAUAUAUGAAGUCGAUAACCUGAGCCAAUUUACACAGUUUUUUUUUUUUUCCCCUCUUUUUUUUUUUUUUUUUUUUUUUUUUUCUCUCCUGUGGACCUUUGUCUUCCAGUUUCUCUUGUGUGUGCUUAGGGUGAGGGAGGACAAUUCCUUUCAAACACAAGUUUAUUUUAGAAUUGGUCAUUUUUAAAUGCUUGUCACAAAUUUUAAAGUUUCAAAAUAAUUUUUCUUUUUCCCACUUCUGAUGAUGUAUUUUUGCCAAACUAUGCAGCUUCUUCAGAAAACUAGAAAUUACAGAUCGGGGUUUAUGAAAUCAGGAAAUACCUCGUUUCAAUCUGUGGCUGCUUUUCUCCCUCUUGUCACUUCUCCCACAAGACUCUGCUGCUUGACCAGAAGGUGGAGGGAGAAAAGAGUCCAGCCCCUAUAAUUAGCUGAUUUAAACAACUCUAGGAGAACAGAUUAAGUAGCUUAGUAAGUUGAAACUAUUUAUUUUUCUGAAGAAUUUGAUUUGAAUUCCCUGAGAAUUGUAAUUAUCCAUGCUUCCUCCAGCUGUAAUUAGCAGAAUUAAAAAUUAUUGUACUGUACAAUGAGUUGUUGAACUGUAAGCCUUAGUAACCAACUUUAGCUUUACUGUAGUCAUAUUUAGAAUUUUUUUUGACAUAUGCCUUUAUGUUAAUGCUCACUUUUUGUGGAUAAGAUCUAAAGAAUUUAAGUGACUUCUUCCAGGUCAUGAAGAUUCAAUGGGUAGAAUUGAAUCAGAAUUGGAAUGUUCCAGAUUCAUAUUCUUGUAUGUGUUUGAUAAAAUUCAUGGCUUCCAAAGUAACUGAACACUUCCUUUGGGCCCUUCGAGGGAAAAAUACAUAUUUUUACUAAUUAAACUUUUAUUUUUGGACAUUUCACGAUUCUUUGAACUUAAAGAUAUUCUCAUGGUUAUAGUUCCAAAUUAAGCCCAAUGCCAUUGCUAAAAAUCUUGCUGCAGUGUUGAAUACUAAUAAUGCAGCAUUUAUCAGAUUUUCUUGCAUUUUGGUGACCUUCAUGAUUCACUUAUAUGUCUUUGUAAGUGCUGAAUUGACCCCCUCACUAGUGAAAAUAAUAAAUGUUCUGUAUCAUUUAUUAUUAUUUGUGUAUUCUCUACAUGAUAUAUAUUUUUUUAAGGAAAAGUAACUCCACAUGUCAGAAGGAGUGAUAUCCUAGGGCAAAGCGCAUAUAAAGCAGUUUAUUUCUACACUGCAAAUAUGGCAUGUACAGAAACAAAACUCGGAGUGGCUGGUCAUUGUUUUGGCCUCUUUUGGUACCUGAGUACCUUUCGGAGGUUUUGUAAAUCAUGUGUCAUUUGUAAGAAUUUCAUGCUAACUCUCUGUUACUUGUUUACCUGUGGUAUCCUUGACUGACCAUAAUGAUUUAGUUUGGGUAUGAUGUGUCUGCUUUGAGAUGCCUUAAUGGAGUACGUCAGAUCCUGCUUUAAAGCAUUCCAUAUAUCUGGUGGGACAAUAAGGUGCCUCUCCUUGGUUAUAUGCUCUAGAUUAAGAAGCGAAACUGAUUUUGCUUUCACCAUUAAGGUUGCAUUUUAAUGCAGUCAUUAAGUUAGAGAAUAAAAUGUAAACCAAGGGAGACUUUAGAACCCUUCACUUAAUGGCAUGGCAAAUUUUAAACUGCUUUUGCAAUUUCACUAGAACUAUCUUUGGUAAAGGAGAUAGCUAAGAAAUGUCAGCCCAAACUGUAUGUAAUUAGGGUUGUUUUUAUAAUUUUCUCUAAAUGUUGUACAGGGGCUUAAGACCUGUGUAUGCUGUUGGGUCAGAGUGCCAGUCACUGCUUUGGAAAUCUGUGUUCUGGGGCUAUGGAAUGGCAAAUGUGUCAUGGGAUUAAAACCAAUCAACUGUGAACUGUGAAAUGGAAAUUGCUCUUUUCGUUUUAUUUUCUUUAGCAUAUUGAGUAUAGAAAUAUGAAACUUAUUUAAAAUUUAUACUGCUUUUGUUGAUGGCUCAUUUUGGCUGUGUAUCCUCACUUAUAUACUGAUUUCUGAUAAAGGCUUGACAUUAUAACAGGCAUUUUGUGUUCCAAUUUAAUAAAACGGUUUCUGAGUCUUGUCUGAAAA